ACACUCGCGGGCAUGUUCGACGGGGACGUUCGGGACGCUCGUCAAGCGGAUACGUCGCGUCGUCGCGACGAUGUGUACAACGAGUGACGUCUCGACGUCCCGCAUCCGCGGGGAUACGUUACUCGUGGGAUGUGACGCGACGCGUCCUUGAACGUGAGGUACGGCACGCUUCUGGGAGAACGGGAGCGGCGCGAGGGAUUAAUUUCGGAUCCCUCGGGGAAUACUCUGCUCUGGAUAUUAUCGAACUUCUACGAACUGUGGUUGUGAAACGUGCGUUGUCUUCUCAGUGAAAUUGCCGCGGAUGAUAAAUUAAAUAAUUACACAAGAACACCGGCCAGCAGCAGCAGCAGGUGAUUACGCGAGCGCCGAUCGAAUCCUCGUGCUCCGCGCGGGCGAUGUACCUUUCGCUUUCGACGGCGAUUCGUUCGCAACACAUGAACGUUUAAUCAGCCGUUCGCGGCAAUUACUUCGUUAGCUCGGACAUUUAUCGGCCGUAAACGAGAACGGCGAAUAACGCAAGAGCGAUCGCGGGAGAGUGUAUGAGCAGCCGAGUGGAACGUUGAACGCAUCGUCGAGGCACCCCGCGCACCUCCUCGGGGAGAUUGUCAUAAGUUUUACUACACCAUUCCGCGGAACGCGAAUAACAUCGCGCGCGCGCGCGUUACGAUGUAACGCCGUGUAGAAGCCGUCAUGCCGGGCGACCGCUCGCGUUUCCACUCGGGACAUUGCACCGGCCGCGAGCACGUGUGUCGACGCUGAUGGUGGCGACCAGGAUGAUAUGGGAGCCGGCAAAAUGAAUAGAGAGAUUCCCAGCAGCACCCUCGCGACCUUGAGGGGGAUCCUGGUGAGCUCGUUGUCGAGGGAGAACCUCGGCCCGCACGAUUUCCCCGUUCACGAGCACACGAGGCAUCGACCGCCCAGAAAAGUGCACUUUCACGAAGCUGGAGCCGCUCCUGAGGAAACUAACCAAAGGUCCAGUUCUGCACACAAUCGCCACUCUCUCACGAAGGAACAAACGAUGCACUGGUUCGCCCAGAUUGGUGGUGACGACUCGCUCACUUUGACAGAUGUGAAGCGCCCGCGAAGUCUCUACGACGAGGACUCCCUCGACGGCGAUCGUCCUUACGAGAAUGAAGGACGGGAGUCGACGGGAAGCUCGAAGGAGUUGGACAGGGCGAAGCUCGUCCGCGAGAGGCAGAACGAGGAGCGGCAGCGGAAGUUGGAGGAGCUCAGGCAGCAGGCUCUCGCCGCGCAACGCUUCCGCGAACAGCGUGAGGAGGAGCGACGAAGACGCAUCGAUGAGCUCAGAUCGCGUGAUAACGACAGACGAAAUCAAGUCGAAGAGAGAAAACGGCUGAUAUGCGAGGCGGAGCGGGAGAGACGGGAGGCUAUCCUCCGCAAAAAUCAGGAAAGAGAGGCGCGCAUCGAGGCGAAGAGGAGGAACGAGAGGUCGCACAUCGUUUUCGCGUUUGGCAGCUCCACGCCGCGGAUGCUGGAGCCCGCCGACACCGGCGGCGCUACCUUCUGGGGCACCCGCAGGGCCACCUCCACGACCAAUGUCAUGAUGUUCUCUGCCGCGCAGCCCCUCACCAGGAGGUCCUCCGAGAGGGAGCUGGACGGCAGCAAGAAACGGGCCACUUCCGCUGGCGGACUCGAUCGGAAACCGGGCGAAGACAUGAGAAUGUCCUCGUCCAUGUACGAGGUGUUCAAUUGGAAUUCUAGCCCCGAUCCCCCCUUAACUCCUGCCAAGUCUAAGAGAGCCAGCCUCUCUCUGCCCCCCACAACCGACAUCUUUGCCAUCGAUGAUAAGUCCGAUAGCGACACUAGGCGUCCCAUGAUUCAGCGGGUUGCCAGUGGUGACGACAGCGACGGCGGUGGCACGCCCAGCACCCCGACCUCGGUUUACCUGCGUGUGAACAGGAGACGCACCGACCUCAUGCCGACGAUACCGUCCCCGCGCGACGGCCCGCCGUCGACGGCACGCAGCUCCAGCGCCAAGGCCUUCACACGCUCGCCAGGUAGGACUUACUCCAUGUCCAGGCUGGACCAGCUGGCGCAGCCUAGGAAACGCGCGGUGACCGAGCAGCAACUCGGCACGCUGACGGAGCAACGGCAGAGCCAGCCUCUGCAGAGCGCUUCUAGCAUGAGUCGCAGCAUGUCGCACUUGGCCGCGCCCGGCGGAGCGGCGGGCAAGAGCCUAAAGCGCUCCGAUAACUCGCGCAGCAUGGGCACGCUACCGGGCGCGGCGCCUAUGCCCAGACCCACCCGCGCCGAAAGACUGCGCCGUAAGGCCCGCGAGCACCAGCAGGCCCAUCAGCAGCAAGGUAUCCGCAGCGGCGAAGUGACGCCCAACAGCCCGUCCCGACCGCACAGCUCCAUGAGCCAGCAGAGUGCCAGCAGCGUGGGCAGCAGUAACGUCAAUCUGCGUACCCGCACGGCCGCGUCGCGCCGACCGCGGCCCGCUUCUAUUGCCGGUACCGGUGUCUCGGUCACAGAGAAACACAAUCUGGUGGGUGACGCGAAAUUAACGAAGGAUUCAAAGCCACCACUGCCAAAGGUCCAUAGCACUCCAAAGAAACCUUCUACACCCAAAGCCGCGGAAGUGAGGAAGCCGACGGACAAGUUAAUCAGGAACGCCAAGUCAUCGCCGCGAAUAACUCCGAAAGCGACACCCCUGCAGAGUCCCGGAGUCGAGCACGCACCAAUCAUUCGCGAAACUAACGUGCAGGAGAUCAUAAAGCAGGAUGAGGGUAAAGAGACGCAGAAUGUGAAAUCGGAGGAGAAAAACGAGGAGAAGAAGGAUCAGGGUAGCGAAAAGACGCAGCGGGAAGCGAACGUUGUCGAAUCCGUAACCAACGAUACGAAGAUAGCGACGGAGCCUGUGUCGGCCAGCAAGCAAGUCAAAGAGGAGACUAAUUUAAUACAAGAGAAUCUAUCGGGUGCUAUUGCGGAAGAAUCGCCGAAAGUCGCUAAGAAGGAAGAGAUCAAGCAGGAGAAGAAAUCGCCGGAGACGACUGAAAUCAAGCUCGAAGGUGAUCCGGACGAGCAAAUUGACAUGUCAGCUUCGAUGAUCGCGAAAAUCAGAAUCACCACCGAAGAGGAAGCGAAAGCCGCUCUGGCUGAGCGUAGGAGAUUAGCUCGAGAACAAGCGGAACGGGAAGCGGAAUUGGAGCGCCAGCGACAGGAGGAAGAAGCGCGUCUGGAGGCUGAAAGAUUGCGCGCGGAGGAGGAAGAGCAACGUCGUCUCGAGGAGGAAACUAUACGCUUAGCUAACGAAGCUCGAGAGGCCGAGGAACAACGGCUGCAGUUGGCGAUCGAAGAAGCUAAACGUCGCGAGGAGGAGGACAGAAGAAAAAGAGAGGAAGAAGCUCGACAAAAACAAGAGAAAGAGGAAGCGGAGCGCAAAGCGAGAGAAGAGGCGGAAAAACAACGAAUCGAAAUGGCUGAGAGGCUUAAGAAGGAAGAGGAGGAGCGCAACGCCAGACGCAAACGAGUCGAGGCGAUUAUGCUUAGGACUAGAGGCAAAAAUCAAACCAAUACGUCUAAGGGAGAAGGCGGCGAUGGCGACAAGCUAAAAGAAGACAGCCCUACCGACGAGAACAAACCGAUGCCGGACGGCAAAGGUGACGACGUCAUGACAGCCAGUCUAAUAUCCGAGGCGACUCAGCAAUUUAUCAGCGGCGAGCAGCUGGCGCAUCACACGGAAAACAGCGUACCUGCACCGGACAUAGUGCACAACGGCACGACGCACAGCAACGGCAUUAACGAAAGUAAAAUUGUAUUGGAUAAUAAUCAGGGUAACGUUGAAGGAGAGUUGAACGGUCAUCAUACGAAUCACGGGAACGGUAUCAACAGUCAGUCGAUUACGCUGGACAAUGCCACUGUCAAGCAAAACAACGUGACCAACAACCUGUUAGACCUGUCGGACUUCGACACUCUGAGUAAUAACAGUAGCGGCUACGAUACCGGACCGAUACUCGAACUGACGCCCAAUCUGGCGAACGAGGACACCCUCAACUCCAAUCUGAAUCCGACGGCGAUGCCGUUUACCCCGAUGGGGUUCGUGCCCGCCGCCGCUAACGCCAAUGUCAAUCCGUUCCAGGAUAAUUUCAUCAACAAGCCGCAGGAUAACAAUCAAGUACCAGAUCUACUAUCAUAAGGUGUCUCUUAAACGUUCCCGGGCGAAACGAGAAAGAGCAGUUGGGCAACCGCUAACCGAAUUGCUCGUGGCGAGCAAUAGCUACAUUCGGAACGAGACGUUGUUGUUUAUGAUAAUGUAAAUAACCGCCGUCGCGCGACGUAUCAUGUGUAAAGGGGAUAUAUAUAUCUCUCGGUGAAGCGAGAACGUGGGCGCAAAAGACUAUCCCCGGGGCGCCCCCCACAAUCAAUGCCGUGCUCUGAGCGUCGUCACCGGGAAGGAGAAAGUGUAAAAUAAUAUAAUGUUAAUUAAUUAUUAUUGCGCAACAGCAAGUAUGGACACUCAAGUCUGUGUGUCGUAGUACGCUAUUAGGCAAAUGUAACUUUCUAAAGGAAGGGGGUUUGAGGCCUGUUUGUAACACACAUCAUUUUUUUUCGGAUGUUCAUAUUUUACGAAUAACGAAUCGACGUGAAAUUAUUUUCUCUCUCACGUACACACGCAAACACACACACAUACAUAUAUAUAUAAACACACAUACACGAGUUCGCUCUUACCACACAUACAUGCGUGUAUAGAUUACAAAUAAGAUUUUUGAGGCGUUAAUCGAUAGAGGUGAGAGAAUUGGAAAUUGCGCGAGAGUGAAAAAAAAUCGAUGACGAAUAAACGUAACACAGGAUGCGAAAGAAGAAGAGAGAUUAAAAGUGGAAGUCGGAUCAAACGCUGAGAGAACGUAUCUGCCAAAACGACGGAUUUCGAGAGAGAGAAAGAGAAAGAAUGUCCCUAACAUAUAAGAGAUAACGUAGCGUGGUACUAUCUUAUAACAAUUUCACGAGCGAAUUCUAAGCGCGUUAUCGCGUACAACGCGUGAGAGACAUUCUGCGGAUACGGAGAUGGGGAAAAGUAGCACGGGAGUAGAGAAAAUGAAAACACACUUUUCUUCCAUUACCAGAUUUUCGGGGCGUGCGCUCACUAGUCAAGCAAUCUUACUGUUUUUUUUUCUUUUUUCUUCCUUUCAUCGUAUUUCGUUUAGAUGGCCUACUUAACAUUGGUAUAUUACUCUAGAUAUUCGCUAGACUUCACUAUCGUUAUGUUUUUCUCUUUUUCGCGGAUCGUGCAUGAAUUUCUCUAGCUGUGAUGAUGAUGACGAUGA